AUGAUUGAGGGAAUGGUGAAGGAUGGUGUUAUUGAACCUUCAUCUAGUCCAUGGUGUUCACCUGUGGUGCUGGUAAAGAAGAAGGACGGCAGCAUGCGGUUUUGUGUUGACUACCGCCGCCUGAACGACGUUACGAAGAAGGACAGCUAUCCCUUGCCUAGAAUUGAUGACACGCUGGAUAUGCUCACAGGCGUAAAGUGGUUUAGUACGCUGGACCUGAAAAGUGGCUACUGGCAGGUUGAAAUUGACCCUAAGGACAAGGAGAAAACUGCAUUUUCCACAGGAAAGGGUCUGUGGCAAUUUAAAGUCAUGCCGUUUGGAUUGUGCAAUGCUCCAGCAACGUUUGAAAGGUUGAUGGAGCUUGUACUUACCGGGCUAAUUGGAGAUGCCUGUCUCGUCUAUUUGGAUGACAUCAUCAUCGUAGGCCGUACGUUUGAGGAGCACCUUCAAAACCUGGAACGCGUGCUCAUGAAGAUCCAGAGUGCCAACCUCAAGUUGAGUCCAAAGAAGUGCUCACUAUUCAAACGGCAAGUUAGUUUUUUGGGGUAUGUAGUGUCGGAAGAAGGUAUCCGCACGGAUCCAGAGAAAAUUGCUGCUGUCAAGGAGUGGCCGGUCCCAAAAGACAAGACACAGGUUAGAGCAUUUUUGGGUUUGUGCUCUUAUUAUCGGCGAUUUGUGAAGAACUUUGCAGAUAUAGCCAAACCUCUGCACAAGCUAACCGAGGAGAAGCGACAAUUCCGCUGGGAUGAAAGUUGCGAUAUUGCAUUCCAGGAGCUCAAGAACCGCCUGUGCAAAACACCUAUUUUGGGGUACCCUGAUGCGGGCAAGGAAUUCAUAGUUGACACAGACGCAAGUGAUAUAGGACUUGGCGGUGUGUUGUCUCAACGGAAUGGUGAUCAAGAGAUUGUGAUAGCGUACUUCAGCAAGUCGUUGUCAAAGCCGGAAAGGAACUAUUGUGUCACAAGACGGGAAUUGCUUGCUGUGGUAAAGUCCUUGCAGCAUUUUAGCAAAUAUCUUCUAGGGCGGAAAUUCCACUUACGAACUGACCAUGCUGCACUGAAAUGGCUAUUGCAGUUCAAAAAUCCGGAAGGACAAGUUGCGAGAUGGAUAGAACUACUGCAGGAAUACGACUUUGUGAUCGAACAUCGCAGCGGGAAAUCUCAUGGCAAUGCAGAUGCAUUGUCAAGAAGACCUUGCCCUGAAGAUUGCAAGCAUUGUACUAGGCAAGAGGGUAAGGAAGUGGUAUCUGUGAGAAUGCUCAGGACAGACCAGCUCAGCAAUGAGUGGAAGGACAGCCUACAACAUGCACAGCAGGAGGAUUCGGACAUUAAGCCGAUUCUGGAAUGGAUGAAGGCCAGUGCUCCUAAGCCCAAGUGGAGCGACGUCUCAUCAAUGAGUUCGACCACGAAAAGCUAUUGGGCCCAAUGGGACAGCUUGCUGAUUCAGGAUGGAGUCCUGUGCCGUAAAUGGGAAAAUGGUCGGGGAGACAGGUGUCAUUUGCAAAUGGUUGUCCCUAAGGCUAAAGUGCCGGAUAUUCUACGGCUGUACCAUAGUGGUUGUUCAGGAGGCCACCUGGGAGUUAAACGAACUCUCCUGAAGAUCCGAGAACGGUUUUACUGGGUCCACUGUCGUGACGAUGUCGAGGACUGGUGCCGCAAAUGUACAAGUUGUGCGGCUGUAAAGGGACCUCAAAUUCGUAGUAGAGGCGCAUUGAAAUUGUACAAUGUUGGUGCACCAUAG